AUGAAGUUCACAUCAACCCUCGCCUCCCUCCUCACCGGAGCCUCGGCAACCAUCUACUACGCUGGCGUCGCCGAAUCUGGCGGCGAAUUCGGCGUAUGGAGCGCCACCGCAACCAAGGGAACCGGCCUCCCAGGCCGCUUUGGCAUCGACUACAAGUUCAUCGACGAGUCCACCGUAGCCACCUUUGUCGACAGCCAAAAAGUAAACCUAUUCCGCGUCGCCUUCCUGCUCGAGCGCAUGUGUCCACCGGCCACGGGCCUGGGCGCUACUUUCAACGAGACGCACUUCGACCUGUACAAGCAGGCCAUUGACUACAUCACCGUGACCAAGGGGGCGUACGCGAUUUUGGAUCCGCAUAAUUACAUGCGAUACAACGACCCUAGUUCGCAGCCGUACAGCGGGAGCGUGAUUGGGAAUUCUUCCGACCCCACCGCGGCGACGACGGCGCAGUUUGGAGAGUUUUGGGGCGAGUUGGCGGGCAGGUUCAAGGAUAAUGGGAAGGUAAUCUUCGGGCUCAUGAAUGAGCCGCAUGAUAUGGCGACGAGUCUCGUCCUGGCGAAUAACCAGGCGGCUAUUGAUGCCAUCCGGGCGGCAGACGCCGAGAAUUUGAUCAUCAUGCCCGGCAACAGUUGGACGGGGGGGCAUGCCUGGGCCGAGGGGACCGAUCCAAGUAGUGCCAUUAUGCAGAAUUUUGAGGAUCCUCUGGGCAACACCGCGAUUGACAUACAUGAGUAUUUGGAUGUGGAUUUCUCGGGGAGUCAUCAGGCUUGUGUUAGUGAUCCGGCGACGAAUCUGGCGGAGGUUACGGCUUGGUUGAAGACCAAUAACCUCAAAGCCUUCAUCACCGAAUUCGGCGGCUCCAACACAACCGAGUGUGCGACGAUGCUGGCGGACAUGGUGAACUACAUGGCAGACAAUGAGGAGUACAUCGGGUGGACUGCAUGGGCCGCGGGGCCCUUCUGGGGCAGCGCGUCGCCUUGCUGUUCCGACUCGGCGCAGUAUGGGAGUCUGGAGCCGGGAAGCAAGGCCGCCGAUGGGUCGGAUGGCUUGUACACUACGGUUUGGCAGAAGGUGCUUCUGCCGCUUUUGCCGACCACGUUGGCUUGGGAGGGGACGGCGACCGUAAAGCAUGAAUAG